CAAUCAGUUUCAAGGCAUAAACCGUCACCUUCAACGCUUAAAUCCAUUUUUCCACCUAAUCUUUCGCUAUUCAAGCAUGGAAACCGUGACAAUGACCCAAUGAAAAAUUUCAUCAAAGAAUUGCAGGGCGAUGUUGAAGUCGUAUAUGUUGGACAGAUGUGUCUUUCUUGGGAGUUCUUACAUUGGCAGUACGAAAAGGCCUUGGAUUUAUGGGAUUCAGACCCUCGUGGAAUCCAUCAAUAUAACGAAGUUGCUGGUGAAUUUCAACAGUUUCAAGUGCUCAUGCAAAGAUUUAUUGAAGAUGAACCUUUCCAAGGGCCAAGAGUUGAAAACUACAUCAAGAGUCGAUGUGUACUUCGUAAUCUUCUUCAAGUUCCCGUCAUAAAAGUGGAUAGCUUAAAGGACAAAAAGAAGGCUAGAAAGAAAGACACAGACGAAUACAUUAUCACGAGUGAUAUGCUGGUGGAGAUCGUAGAAGAAUCUAUACGAAUUUUUUGGCGAUUUGUUCGAGCAGAUAAGAGUUGCACCAGUGCAAGUGCAAAGGAAAAACCCGAGCUUCACAAUCCUGAAGACCUGGAGCUUUUGAUGGAAGUCAGAAAAUCACUUCAAAAGAAAGAAAGAAAGCUCAAAGACAUUUUGAGAAGUGAAAACUGCAUACUGAGGAGAAUCCGACGGUGUAGGGAUGAUGAUUCGGAUCAAGUGCUCUACUUUUUCGCUCAAGUAGAUAUGAAAUUGGUGUCUAGAGUUUUAAAUAUGUCGAGAAUAAGCAGAGAUCAGUUGAUUUGGUGUAUUAACAAGCUAACUAGGAUUAGUUUUGCGAGUAGGAAAAUAUACAUGGAAACUUCGUUUUUGCUUUUUCCAUGUUAAUGCUAAUUGUAAUUUUCUUAUUGUAGCUUGAGAUGUAUUAUAUGGAGAAAACUAUCGAUCUUUGACUGAAAUUUUGUUCUUACUUUUGUAAUUAA